AGGGUCCAGGGUGGGAGAAAGAACUCUUGUCUGUUGGAGGCCAGUGUGAAUGUUGUGAUUAAUCACCUGUGAUUGAAUUAAUGUUUGUGACUGGGAGACUGCCUGUACUAGAAGUAAGGGAAGAAAGGUGGUUGAAGCGGGCGUUCUGUCCGGCUCUGGUGGAAUGCCGGGGCCUUGAGCUUCCCGGGCGAGGGCGGGACGGGGAAGAGAACCCGGCGGUUGAGGGCCCAACUGCCUGCCUGCCUGCCUGCCUUGCCCUGGAGGGGAGCGGAGGGCGCGAUGACGGGCCAGAGGUGCCACACAGAUUGCGUGGAGCAGCCUCUCUCGCGCGCCAUGCGGGCCCUGGGCGCCUGCGUGGGCUCCCACCCGUGGCCCUUCUUCCUGGUGCCCAUGGCGCUGGCGGCCUCCUUGGGCGCGGGCUUCAUGCGCCUCAAGGUCCUCGAAGCCAACGACAUCGAGGAGCAGUUCACGCCCAUCGGGGGCCCCGCCAAGAGCGAGCGGAGCCUGGUCCGGAUGCACUUCCCCACCGACGACAGCGAACGCUUCUCCGCCCGGAGGCUCACCACGGAGGGCUCCUUCGCCGUCCUCAUCGCCGUGGGAAAUGACUCCAUCCUCACGCGGGAAGCCUUCGCGGAGCUGCUGGCGCUGGACAAGGCGGUGCGGGCCCUGCGGAGCGAGACGGGGCUCUUCUUCGAGGAGGUCUGCGCCAAGAUCGGCCCCGCCGGCCCGUGCAACAGCCCCAACCCGCUCCUGAGCGCCAUGCAGGGGGACCCGGCCCGCAUCGAGGCGCUGCUGCCCAGCCUGACCUUCCCGCUCUUCAUGGGCCGCGUCCCGCUGGGCUUCUUCCUGGGCGGCGUCACCCUCGACGCCGGCGUCCCGCCCGCCCGCCCCGUCCGCGCCGCCAAGGCUCUGCGCCUCCUCUACUUCCUGCAGGAAGACCACGCGGGACCCAAGGAGGAGAGCCAGCGCUGGAUCCACACCUUCCUCCAGCGCGCCCCGCAGCUCCUCCGCUCCUUGAACCUCACCUCCAUCCGGGUAGCUUAUUUUACUUCAGUGUCCAGACAAGAAGAAUUUGAAAAAAUCUCCAAGGAUGUGAUCCCAUUUGUCUCAAUCACAUAUUUUUUAACAAUAUUCUUUGCAAUUAUUUCUUGUUCAAGGUUGGACUGUGUGCGAACCAAAGUGUGGGUGGCAGCUUUUGGGGUAGUGUCAGUAGGCUUAUCUGUCCUCAGUAGCUUUGGAUUGCUGAUGUUUUGUGGUGUGCCAUUUGUUAUCACAGCUGCAAACUCACCAUUCCUUAUACUGGGUGUUGGUGUAGAUGACAUGUUCAUCCUGGUGUCCUGUUGGCAACACACCAAAGUGAAAAGCAGCAUCAAAGAUCGGAUGGCUGACACCUAUGAAGAAGCAGCUGUUUCUGUUACUAUCACAACAGUUACUGAUGUUUUAGCCUUCUAUAUAGGAAUUGGAAGUUCCUUCCAAUCAGUUCAGUCAUUUUGCAUCUAUACAGGAACUGCUUUUGUAUUCUGCUACAUUUACAACCUGACAUUCCUUGGGGCUGUCCUUGCUCUAAAUGGUAGAAGAGAAGAAGGCAACAAACAUUGGCUCACCUUUAUGAAAGUCAGCCGUGAGCCUCAAGAUUCUCAGCUGUAUAAUAUAUGCUGUGUUGGAGGAUCUUUUGAUGAGACCACAGGAACAGAGUUUGAACAUCCCAUGAAUGAAUUCUUCAGAAAAUAUUAUGCACCCUUUCUUAUGCUGACCUGGACAAAGAUAGUAGUGGUUCUCCUGUAUCUCAUGUACAUGGGUUGUAGUAUUUAUGGGUGUACUCAAGUCAGAGAAGGUAUAAACGUACGAAAUUUAGCUAUAGAUAAUUCUUAUGUUGUUCAGUAUUAUGACUGGCUUGAUGAAUACUUUUCUGAAUAUGGUCCAAGGGUUAUGGUUGUUGUUUCUGAAAGUGUAGAAUAUUGGGAUCCAUCUAUUCGUACAGAAAUUGAGAAGUGCAUGGAAGUUUUUGAACGCUCAUCCGACAUAGACAAAACCUUAUCAGAGUCGUGGCUGAGAAAUUAUGAAUCUCUUUCUAAACUCACAUCCAUAAAUAUAAAUGACCGUACCAUAUUCAUUGAUAAGCUAGUUGACCUGUACGCAGCAAGUCCAGACUCUGAGUGGGACAUUAAUUCUAGUACUACAGAAAUAUUCGCCUCACGGUUCUUCAUACAGGCAGUCAAUAUUACUGAUGCAGUGCAUGAGAAACAUUUCUUAAAUGAAUUGAGAAACCUUGCAGCAAACUGCAAGAUACCACUGAUGGUUUACCAUCCAGCCUUUAUUUACUUAGAUCAGUACCUUGUAAUAAUUCCAAACACAAUUCAAAAUGUUUUGAUUGCUACCGCUGUCAUGUUAAUAGUUUCCUUGACAUUCAUUCCCAAUCCACUGUGCUCUUUGUGGGUAACUUUUGCUAUUGCUUCCGUUAUUGUUGGUGUGACUGGCUUCAUGACCCUUUGGGGCGUCAAUCUUGACUCCAUAUCUAUGAUCAACCUUGUUAUUUGCAUUGGGUUUUCAGUCGAUUUUUCUGCUCAUAUUUCUUAUGCCUUUGUUGCCAGUGAGGAACCCAACGUAAAUGAUAAGGCAAGAAACGCUGUAUACAUGCUUGGUUAUCCAAUUUUGCAGGGAGCUGGUUCCACCCUUUUGGGAGUGCUUGUUCUCUGUAUGGCACGCUCAUACAUCUUCAGAACAUUUUUUAAGAUAAUGUCUCUGGUAAUCAUAUUUGGGGCUAUGCACGGUAUCCUUUUUAUUCCUGUGUUUUUAACCUUUUUUGGCUUUUGUGCUGGUUUGUAAAUGAGAGCUAUCAAAAUAAGAAUCACCACCAAGUCAUAAAGUAUUGAAAGACCUCAUGUAAAUGUAAACAUUAUGAGGUUGCCUCCUGUCAGUGUGGAAAAAUAAACCGCCACCACCUCUAAUUCUAGACACCCCUUACAUCCCAUAAAGUCCUCAUGAUUUGGUCACACAUCAGCCAACCAAUAAGGUAUGUUUUCCUUUGUACCUCCCAUGCUGUAUCCAUCUAACCCAGGCAUGGGCAAGCUUCGGCCCUCCAGGUGUUUUGGACUUGGCUUCCCACAAUUCCUAACAGCUGGUAGGCUGUUAGGAAUUGUGGAAGUUGAAGUCCAGAACACCUGGAGGGCCGAAGUUUGCCCAUGCCUGAUCUAACUUUUAAUUCUUCCACAAUUUUGUCAUGAAAGGUUUGUUUUUAACGGACUGCUUUCGUUUUAUCAUGACGUGGCCAUUCCAGGUGGCCUCAGUCAUUACAGAGCGGGAGGUACACCACUAAUCAAUAUGGAAUGGGAUGAAGUUUUUCUCUUUGAGGUCACUGUUUAAUGACAUAGAGUGGUGACUGCCUUUUGAUUUCAGGAGAAACAACUAGUAUUUUUUUUCUUCCGCUUCAAAGGGAUGUGUUGGGGAAAGAAGUGCUCUUUGGUCCUACUCAUGCCAGUUUGUGAAGCCAACUUGAGCAAAGUAGGUGUGUGUUUGAGAAACCAGAAUUCUUAUGUAUAUAUGUAUGUAUUUAUUUGUUUGUCUGUUUGCUUUAUGCACUGCGUUUUUUCUGCCUUUCUCCCCAAGCAAAGCCCAAGGUGGUUCCCAAAACAUUUUAAAAAUCCAUAAUAAAAAUAUAAAACAGUUUAAAGAUAA